AUGUGUUGGAUGGGAUGGGGGGGUUUUUUGUGGGGUGUGUGGGUUUUGGGGGGGGGGGGUGGGUGUGGGGGGGGUGUGGUGUGUUGGGGUUUGGUGGGGUUGGGUAUUUGGGGGAGGGGGUUUGUGGGUGUGUGGGGUUGGGUUUGGGGUUUGGGGGGUGGGGGUUGGUUUGUGUGGGGGGUGGGGUGGGUUGGGGGUUGGGAGGGGUUUAGGGGAGUUUUGGGUGGGGGGUUGGGUGGGGGAGGGGGGGGGUUUUGUUUGGGGGGGAUGUAG